CGCUGGCACCGGCAUUUUUAACGUUUGCAAGUAAAUGCAAAUUCUAUCAAGCAGCUGCACAUGAUACGCACUGCUACAUUAGCCCCACUCCAGAAAAAGUCAUUUUUAACGUUUCAUUUUGUGGGCCCAUAGUGUCUGCAGCUGCAGCGCAUCUAAUGUAGCUAAACUGCUGGCUACUCUUUAAUCAAUUGGUUUCAAUUUCUUACGCUUACCCAGCCGACAAUAGAUCCCGACCGUGUAUAAUUUACCACGUGGCAACCUACAGACAUUUCAGCCCUUUAUUGUGAAGGGACCCAUUGAAUCUCCAGUCUGUAAACAUUCUUGCCUUCUGCAUUGUUGACAAGCGUUGGGCGGUGACCGGAAGAAGGAAAUAUCCCUAGCCUGCCUUAAUAAAUAACAUAUCUUCCCGUCAUCACCCUUCAAAUGCCUCCAUAUUCGUAAAGAUUCUAAACAAAAAGCUUAAAAUCGGUUUAUACACAUUCUUAACUUGCGUCGCGUAACACAUAAUCUUCCUAUAGCGGAAUAGUCUGCUUCGCAUAGUUUCUUUCUAUUCUCAGAGGAAGAGCAGCAAGUAACUGCGAUUCAAUCAAUCCAUAAAGAGCAAGAUAUCGAGCGCAGACCCACCAAAUCUGGAGACGAAACGGCUAAAUUUAGAUAGCUUUUGUGCAUAUUCAUUUAAUGCAUGCUUUGUCUAUUCCUUUUUCUAUCCAUGCAUAAAUGCAAAGCCUGCAUUACAUCUGUAAUUUCCCCAGGAAAAGAAUCCCCAAAUCUUCUCUUCCAAGGCAAAACCAAUGCUUCUCACUCGAUUUGGAUUGGAGUUUCGUGAUGGAGGAGAUAUACCAGCUCGAGCGAGAGGGAUUGAAUUGACGAAGGAUCAACGUCGAAAUAUUAUUUAAAGGUGAAACCAGAUAAGAUUUACGUCAAAUCUGAGGUUCUGGAUUUGAGAAGUUCUCCAUCGUUUACGUUCACGUGGACGUGAAAAGGGAAAUCUCCGACACACACCGGUCUUUUCUCCGGCAGAAAGCCGUCGCUGCGCAGGGAGCGCAUUUUAGCAAUUUCCUUGGAGGGCUAAACCGCUGAAGUAUGCUUUUUAUGAGGUGACACAGCGGGGCUCCAAGUCCGAGUUUGGGGUUUCGCGCUGAUUAGCGACUUUACCAAGUCAAGUAUGCGCAACAUCUGCGCACGUUAGCUGAAAACUGGUUUUUGCCUUUUCAGUCCUCUUUUUGGCAAGUGGCAACAGGUGAAUUUUGAUCUCCGGUGACCACUCAAGUUACUAACGAUACUGAUCGGACGGUUGUGCUUACUCCAACUAGUUCCCUCAGGCUUGGAUAUCUCCCAUCUUCCCUCUCUAUCCGUGUAUACAUCUUCCCAUCUUCCCUCUCUUGAGUUCUUCUGCUAUCUCAACUUGAUUUCUUGAAUAGCUGUCUGUCUGUAUUCCGUAGAUCUUUGUGUUUUGUAUGUUUCCACUGUGAUAAUUAAUCAUGACAAACACGAUUGUCUGAUUGGUUGUUCAUAGUGAGACACAACACCGGGGCUAAUUUGCUUGGUGGGUCCUACUCCUACCAGACCAGACCCAUUUCGAUUUGAGAUCAAUCUGUCAUCCUUUGCUUUGAUUCCUUCUGCCCAAGUAGUUCUGGAUCUCUGGUUUUGGUUUAAGCUAUACUGAUCAAAAUUUGAAUUCUAGCAAGCUCCCAACUCAUGUAGAACAAUUACUGGAAUUGGUCAUUUUGAAUCCACCCAUCAUUGGCCAUCUUCCGCCAUGGCCGGAAGCGGAAGAUCCAACAGGUUCAGCUCCAGAAGAGCAUCCCCGAAGUGUCUUCUCAUCUUCUUCCUCAUACUUGUACCCAUUAUUGUGCUUGGUAUCUUCAGCCAUGGCCAGAAGAUUUCUUACUUCUUCCGUCCACUCUGGGACACGCCUCCUGAGCCAUUCAUCCGCCUUCCCCAUUACUACGCCGAGAAUGUCUCAAUGGAACACCUCUGCCACCUCCACGGCUGGUCCCUCCGCUCCCAGCCGCGGCGCGUCUUCGACGCCAUUAUCUUCAGCAAUGAGCUUGACAUACUUGAGAUCAGAUGGCACGAGCUUCUCCCUUAUGUCACAAAAUUCGUCAUCCUAGAAUCGAACACCACUUUCACCGGCAUCGCAAAGCCUCUCUUCUUCGCUCAGAACCAGGCCAGAUUCAAUUUUGCAGAGGAGAAGAUUGUCUAUGGUGUAUUCUCAGGUCGGAAAGCCAGUCGCCGCUCUUACGAGGACCCUUUUAUACUCGAGGGGGAGCAACGUGUAGCCAUGAAUGCAUUACUGAAGCAGGCAGGCAUCUCUAAUGGCGAUCUUCUUAUAAUGUCUGAUACCGAUGAAAUCCCAAGUGCAAACACCAUGAAACUCCUGCAAUGGUGUGAUGGGAUCCCACCAGUUCUGCAUCUUGAGCUGAGGAAUUACUUGUACUCCUACGAAUACCUUGUGGAUUUUAGCAGCUGGCGAGCAACGAGCCAUGUAUUUGGACCUAGAACACGUUACAGGCAUAGCAGGCAGACUGAUGUUAUACUUUCUGAUGCUGGCUGGCAUUGCAGCUUUUGCUUUCGGCACAUUAAGGAAUUCGUGUUCAAGAUGACUGCUUACAGCCAUGCUGAUCGGGUGAGGCGACGAGAUUUUCUCGAUUACUCAAGAAUUCAGAAAAUCAUCUGCCGAGGCGAUGAUCUGUUUGAUAUGUUACCAGAAGAAUACACCUUCAGAGAGCUGAUUAAGAAGAUGGGUUCGAUCCCGAGAUCAGUUUCUGCAAUUCAUCUCCCUGCAUACGUGAUACAGAAUUCCGACAAGUUCAAGUUCCUUCUUCCUGGAGGAUGCGUACGGUCUCCAAAGUGAGUUUUAUUUUUUUCUUUUCUGGGGAUCAACAACAGACUUCCCUAAAGUUGUAGGGAAUUUUGGGUAACUAACUCACUUAUAAGUACUUUAGUUGUUUAUAAAAGAAAAAUAGAAAGGCUGGUUGUUUAAUUUCCCUUUUGUUCAAUUUUUUCGUUA